AUGGCUUCAUACAAGGGCAAAGGUAUUCUUGUUGAAGAGGAUGAUGAUGAACCUAUCCAACUACAAGAUCAAGCCGAUGAACACCUGAUCAACGAGUACAGUUCGUCUCUUAUUGGCAAGAUUCUAAACCCAAAAAAACAUAACGUGGAGAGGCUAAUUGUUGAUAUGCCGAGGCAAUGGGGGAUGUCUGAGAAAAUUACAGCUUACGACCUGGGGAAUGGACGCUUCCUGUUCAACUUUGAUAACGAGGAGGAUCUUAAGUCUGUCCUCGAACAAGAUAAUGAAAGUGAUGAUCUAUUAGAUGCGGAGAUGGAGGAGCCAGUCAUUGGAAACGAGUUGAUGUUAAUGGAGGAUGAUGACCUGUUGGGUGAGGAGUUGGGCCGAAUGAAGUCAGUGGACAAGGAUGUGAGGGGUAAAACUCACACCUAG